AUGAACGUCCUCAAAAACGUCGUUGGCCUUUUCAGUUCGCCUGCGAAGAUAGCACUAGCCAAACCCUCUUCAGCAAAGAAACGCGACUAUGAAGAAGUGUUUACUAUCAAGUCCACAAGGAAAAGGAGUCGAUCUUCAUAUGAUCCAACCGAGUACCAGCGCGCUGUUUACGGUACUGGGAAGAAGAACAUAAAAGAGAGAAUGAAGAAGAAGAAGAAGAAGAAGAAGAAGAAGAAGAAGAAGAAGAAGAAGAAGAAGAAGAAGAAGAAGAAGAAGAAGAAGAAGAAGAAGAAGAAGAAGAAGAGAGAAAUCAGGCGCAAGAACAACUACUCCAGGAACAACUACGCCACGUCCGCCCCACCGCCACUUCCAGAUCUGUCCACAGACAUACCCACGCCGUUCCAUCUGUACCCCAUCCCAAACCGGGCAGCGUGGGAAGCAUUGCGCUCGAUGCUGCACCCUGACAGUGAGGUCAAAAGGAAGAAGCUCGCAACUAUAGCGCAAACAAGAGCGAAGAACAACGCGAUUUUGGCACAGGCUCAGGCGGAAGGAUAUAUGCAGGUACAAAGAGAAAAGACCACAAGAGUAACGACUGCUAGACCGAGGAUGCAAAUGGAUCAUGCACCUGUUACCAGAACCCCAAGUGCAACCACAGGUCUCACAUGCGUGGAAGAUGGAGAUGAGAGCUCGAGCGAACAAGUGUCAACAAUGCAGCAGGAGCUGAACAAAGACGUGAAAAACGACUGGACGAUUACUAAACAGCACUACCACAGCUCACCCGCAACGCCUCAACGCCACUUCUCCCCCGUCCACCAAGAACCCACCAGUAGUAGCACCAACAAUACCUCCAAGCUGGCCAGUAACCGCAUAUCCCACCCAACCGCCUGGCCCACUCUAUCCCCAUCUCAAAAAUGGUCUACAGAUCCUAACCUUCACGCUCGCCAACUCCAACGCAACCCCCAGCUCAUUCUUGCCCAGCUCCCCAACGAACCAGCCUACGCUUUCCGCGACACAGAGCUGCGCGACACCAUCUGGGCGCUCAUGCACAGGAUCGAAGAUUUCGCCAAGACCUUUUUCCCACAGGAGCAGCAGCGGCGUGGCGCGCACGCUUCAUCCCCUCUUGAAGACGGCGACGGCGCCAAUAACAAUGAGGAUGAUAGGGUGGAGAUGGUGUUAGAUGAACGUUUCUAUUCGGGGCUGAGUCCGGAGACGGCGAGGGUGAUUGCUUGUAUAGCGUCCGGUGGACCUGGUGGGGUAUCCGGGUGGCAUGAUUUGUUUUUGAACAGGGAGAAGAUGCAGGCGCUUGUGUGCGGACUUAUUGGUAACGUGGUUUCGGAGCAAGUUCUGCAGCAUGGAUUUUUCGGGGGCACAGAGGAAGGCGUGCAGCGAGUGAGGGAGGUUGAGAAGGAUAUGCGGGAUUCUGAUGGAUUUGAUCGUAAGAUCAAGUACGCAGCUGUGAUCCGAUCGUACUUACCGACGCCGAUUACCUUGCCAGCCAAUUUUAACGCCCACGUCAAUAUCAUCGUUGGCGCGCUGUAUACGCAUCUCUCGCCCCUCCUGGCCCUCGUUACUCCAGAUGAUACACCAACGCUAUCAAUACUCUUCCCGCACCUCCAGACUCUCGUCGUCAGCGCCGGUCUUCUGAGUCUACAUAUGUCUCUCUCCCCUCACACAAUCUACCACCACGUCCCGCUUCUCAAAGAAGAUAUGUACGUUUCCUCUUCGAUGGAGUGUUUUAACGAACGCGCCAUGCGGUUGAGUAAUAUGCGUACAUCGCUGUCUUGUUUGUCUUCCCUCUCCUCUUCCCCUUCCUCCUUCAGACCGACGCAAGAGGACUUACAACGAGAAACAGUCAGAAGAAACACAUUAAGUGAAACCGAGAAACGUCGAACAGGCGGCGAUGUCCCUCUAGUACAAAUUGCGUGUAUGGAGGGCAUCACUGCGUAUAGGCGAGGAGGCUGGGAGAAGAAUAAAACUGGCAGUAACGAGAACCCGGUUUUCGAAAAGAGCGAGUAUCGAAACAUGGGUAUACGCGCGCGUAUCCUAACCCACGGCUGGGCAUAUUGUCGCUGGGGUCGUGCGCGUAGCAGUAGUGACAGUACGCAGAACCCAGCUUUCCGAGACAAUGAAGAUACUGGUCGGAAGAUCCACGGUGAUGUGUGGAGGGACGGCGGCUUUGUGAACUUUUCCGAUGUUGAAGGGGUGGUGGAUUGGCCAGGGUAUGGGGAAGGAGAAGAAGAGGUUGCUGAGAAUUAA